AUGGGCACCAGUGUUGAGGAUGAUGAUGCUCACCCUUUCGCAGAAGAUUUAGCUAUGGAGAUUCUACAAAGCCGCAGCUUUAUAGAUAAACACUUUAAUUAUGGAAAGAACAAACGCCCCAAACUCCUUAUUCAUGACCUUGAUGCACCCGAUUAUUCAAUUCCCAUCACCUUCAUUUCCGAUUCAGAUAAAAAUGAAGGAACCCCUUUAAUUGAAAAACCUGAUCAUGUCCCGGAGUUUGGUGGUGGUUUACUGGUAGUUCCUGUGGAUGGCUUGUUUUUGUUUCAGAAAGGAAAUACUGAAUAUGACAUUAGGGGUUGGUGCUGUGGUCUGUGGAAUCCUGCAACCAGGGUGUUAACCACCCUCCCUGCAGCCCACUUCCAGCUUCAACCAUUUUUUGACGAAAUAGGUGGCUUUUCUGGGUUUGGAUUAGACCCAGUUACAAGUAACUACAAGGUGGUUUGGGUUCGCCAGUUCUGGGAUGAAAACAGGGAUGAUAUGUUCCAUCGAGCAUAUGCAGCGGUCUAUUCCUGUUCUACUGACUCUUGGAGAAUCCUUAAACAUAAACAUCACAAAAGCACCUGCGCUUACAGCUAUAGAGAUGCCGAUAGCACUGCUUACCUUAAUGGAACUUAUUACUGGAUGCUCAGGGGGCACGAUUACUGCGGCCUCCUUUCAUUUGACUUUGCCAAUGAGGUGUUCGCUGAGAUUAGAGGGCCACAUAUUCCACCUAUUAAUUGUAGCAGCGUGAUAUUGCGUGAUGGCUCCAUUAACCUCUUGACCCUAGGUUUCAACGAUGACUUUGGUUUAUGGGUUAUGAUCGAACCUGGUGUUUGGACCAAACUUCUUAACUUUCAAUGCCUUUCACUUAUUAAGCCUGUGUUUUGUGGCUUCUGGGAUUCUAGCACUGUCCUUUUCUUAACUGAGAGUUCUGGGCUGAUCUCGUAUGAUGUUAAUACCCAGGAGACGACGCAUCUUGGGUUUUAA